GGUGGGAGGGAGGCGUCGACGAGCUGAGGAUCAUCAUCUAAUUGCUCCUCCAUUGGACCAUCAAUCUAUUGAGAUUGGACUUGUUGGAAUAAUCCUGAUACAUUUCUACAAUGGCCACUGCUCAGCUUUCUCGCUCCAUCACAAUACACAAGGCAUCUAAGGAAACAGUUUUCCCAUCCCAAAUCACUAAUGAGCAUGAGUCCCUGAAAAUGGUGAAGAAACUUUUUGCUACUUCCAUCUCAUGUAUAACAUACCUAAGGGGCCUGUUUCCAGAGAGCUCUUAUGGAGAACGCCAUUUGGAUGACCUCAGUUUAAAAAUCCUCCGAGAAGAUAAAAAAUGUCCUGGGUCACUGCAUAUUAUCAGAUGGAUUCAAGGUUGUUUUGAUGCUUUGGAAAAGAGAUACCUACGUAUGGCAGUACUGACACUUUACACAAAUCCCAUGGGAUCUGAGAAAGUGACUGAGAUGUACCAGUUCAAAUUCAAAUACACGAAAGAAGGAGCCACUAUGGAUUUUGACAGUCACAGCAGCAGUACAAGCUUUGAAAGUGGAACAAACAAUGAAGAUAUUAAGAAAGCCAGUGUUCUACUGAUCCGUAAAUUGUAUAUACUGAUUCAGGACCUUGAGCCACUUCCUAAUAAUGUUGUACUUACUAUGAAACUCCACUACUAUAAUGCAGUGACCCCACAUGAUUACCAACCCCUCGGUUUUAAAGAAGACGUAAAUUCACACUUCCUGCUAUUUGACAAGGAGCCUAUCAGUGUGCAAGUGGGAUUCGUCUCCACUGGCUUUCAUAGCAUAAAAGUAAAAGUCAUGACAGAGGCUACCAAAGUGACUGAUUUGGAGAACAAUCUGUUUCGGGAGAACAGCACUACUGAGCUCGCCCAUCAGGGUCUAGACUGUGAUGAGGAAGAAGAAUGCAAUGACCAUAUUCAAAGAAUGAAUUUUGUGUGCAGUCAGCAAAGUUCUGAGUACUCCAGGAAGAAGAGGAAGGUCAGUGAACCAGUGAAGGUCUUCAUCCCUAACAGAAAAUGAAAGCUAAAUACUCUUUCUACAUUUAUUUUAAAUUAAGUUUAUUUUGUAAAAACAUGCAUAAACUGUCUUAGCAAGAAAGUAAAUUCCUGUUACCAAAACCUUUUUCUAAAUUGUUUGCUCAAUUUUUUUGUUGGUUAGUAAGUGCUAAAUUACUGGCAAGGUAGGACAUGAGUCCACUUUGCCACAAGGAAAGAGGGUCAGUAGGGCUGCCUCUGGAUAGCAUUACUUCAAAGCUGGGUUAGAGAUGAGGCACCUUUUAUGUUAUAUUUGUAAAAGAACCACAGCAGUUAUUUUGGAAAGAAGCUGUUGUUCUCAAAGGAAAGAAGGACUUUUUUUUUUUUUUUUUUUUUUGCAUAAUUAAACUCUUCAGGUAUUUAGGCUACUGUGAAAUGUUUUGACUUGUUGUAACCUGUAUACUGGAAUCCCUUUCUAGCUGUACUAAAAAUUCCCACAGAGUUGCAUAGGAUGCAUGUGGAGGUGCUUAUCCAGGUGUGAUUUAUGUGUUAACCUCAGUCACAAGGUUGAUCAGCUAAUUGUGGGACCAAAAUGUGCCCUCCCUCAACUAUGGCCCCAGGCCCUGUUCUGUUAGCCAUUCCAAAACAGGGAACAUGCUGCAAUUAGGGAGCCUGGCUCUCUUCUUAAGACCUAUAUUGAAUAUUUCCCAACAAGCACUUCAGUUUAUCAGUCUGCAACCUGCAAAUGAUGCUAUUAGUUCCCUCCUUGUCCUAGAAGAAUUUGGAUAGAUUUAAUUGAUGAUUAGUAUGAGCUGAACAAUAAAUGACUUAAAGUGUUAUUUCUACUAUUUAUAUAACAUGAGAUUUAGUAACUUAUAAAAUGAGGUUUAGUAAUUUAAUUUAAAUGGAUAGGACCAAUAAGUUAAAUGUUCAGUGUGUGACUUAUGGUUAAAUAAAAUGAAAAUACAAGA